GGCGGAACUAACUGAAGUUGGCUGUACUGCUCGCUGUGUUGCCUACCUUUGCGCCUUGCAGGAGUCGUGCUGCCGCCGCUCGCCGCUGUUCCGCCGCUGAUGUCUGUUGACAUUCAAAAUGGCGGCAUGUCGUCAGUGCUGUGCUGUGUCGUGCUUGUGUAACUGUUAGACUAGGAAACUUGAAGCAACGAUCAAGUAUUAAAAGGCCAAACACAAUCCGCACCCAGCACGCAUUGAGGACAUCUGAGGAUUUUUUCCAUCUUUUCUUUUACAAUACAAAUGAAUUUUAAAGCCAGUAGCGUUAAUUUUUUUUGCAUCGUAAAAGAAACUAUGUCAAAUUAAUUAGACUUGUGUUGGACUGAUAAAGCACUUCAGUGCUGAUUUGUUGUUUUUGUGUAUGUUGUACUUUUACGCACGAAGUGCGGCACUUUGAGCAGUCACGUCUUGUAUACAAAGAACUGUUCUGUGAUAAAGCUACUUUUAAGCCCAAGUUAUUGUAACACGCAAUGUCCAGCGAUCCUCAGUGGAAGUCUUUCCAGCCGUCAACCAUGGACUCUGACACGGCAAUUCUGGACUUUAAGACCCUGUCAAUAUCAUCUCCGAAUGGAUCACCUUAUAACAAUGGUGCAAAUGGAAGCAGUAAUCAUGGCCACUACAACCACUAUCCACAAAAUUAUGGUUCAAGUGGAGGUAGUAGCUUUCCCAUUGGCACUUUCACAGGAAGGGAAGGAAAUGACGGAUCCUUCAAUGGUGACAACAACACAAACAGCAGCAGCAACUCCAACAGCUUUAACCAAUCACAGCCGCGAGAGCGAGAACGAGAACGAGAGCGAGACCAGCGAGAACCACAGCAGUCGCAACAGCAGCAACAACAGAAUAACUCGGAUGGGGCUUAUCAAAGUGCUACCAGGGAAACUGGAAUUAUUGAAAAACUUUUGCAUUCAUAUGGCUUCAUUCAAUGCUGUGAAAGGCAAGCUCGCCUUUUCUUCCACUUUAGCCAGUUUAGUGGAAACAUUGAACAUUUGAAAAUUGGUGAUCCUGUGGAAUUUGAAAUGACCUAUGACCGACGCACUGGCAAACCUAUUGCUAGUUUCAUCACCAAGAUUGCACCAGAAGUGGUUUUGAGCGAAGAGCGCGUUACUGGUAAUGUCACUACAGAAAUAAGGUCUGAUGGACAAGGUGGAGAGACUCAGGGUCGAAUCAGCUAUGAAAAUAGAGGGGAGUGCUUUUUCCUGCCCUACAACAAAGAUGAUGUUGAAGGAAAUGUAACUCUACGUUCAGGUGAUAAAGUCAGCUUUCAAAUUGCAGCAAAUCCAAGGGGUAACCUUGGAGCUUCACACGUGCGUUUGGAGAAUCCUGCACACCCAGUUAGAUAUCAGGGCGUUGUGUGUUCCAUGAAGGAGAGUUUUGGUUUUAUUGAAAGAGCUGAUGUAGUGAAAGAAAUAUUCUUUCAUUUCUCAGAAUCUAAGAACAAAGAAGAAAUUAGGCUUGGGGAUGAUGUUGAAUUUACAAUUCAAACAAGAAAUGGCAAAGAAGUUGCUUGCAAUAUAACUGUCCUCCCUCGUGGCUCUAUUAUAUUUGAGGAUGUUAAUGAUGAAAUUAUGAAGGGGCAAGUUUUGAAGCCUUUAGAAAGAGGUCAAAAUGUAAGGCAUCAGAAUGAUCCUUUACCUGGUAGAAUCAAAUACCGUGCUGCAGAUCAUUCAGAGUCUGAAGUAGCUUUUGGUGACAAAGAUCAGAAGGGUGACUUCACGCUUAAACAUGGUGACUGGGUUAGUUUCCGGCUUGCCAUUGAUAGACGUGACGGUUUGAAAAGAGCAACAGAUAUCUCCCUCCUCGACGAAUCCUUUAAUGUAUCUGGUGAACGGCGUGAGCAAGGGGUUGUGACUGCAGUGAAGGAUGGCUAUGGUUUUUUGAGAUGCGUCGAAAGAGAACCAAAACUAUUCUUCCAUUUCAGUGAGGUACUCAAUGUAGAUAAAGAUGUGUCUGUUGGUGAUGAAGUGGAGUUCACUAUGAUCCAGGACCAAGCCUCCUCAUUUUCCCACAUGCGUCAGCGAGCAAUUCGCAUUAAGCACUUGUCUCCUCAUACUGUCAAGUUUGAAAAUGUGAUGGAGCAGAAUGUCAGUGGCAGUGUAACAAAGGAUGUUUUACCAGGUUAUUGGAACCAACGCAGUCCAUCUAAGAACCAGUCUAAUGAUAAGACUGAUCCAGGAACUAUAACAUACACUGUGAAUGAUGGAAAAAAGACAAUCUCCUAUUCUUUAAAAGACUGCGAUCACAAAUGUCUACCGAAAGUAGGAGAUCAGGUGGAGUUUGAUAUCGCUCAAGUUAAGCGUAAUAAAGAAUUGGUAGCAAUUAACGUUCGUGUCAGCCAGAGGGCGGCAAGCGGCGAUCGAGGUGAUGGGCAACUACACCAGGGGUAUAUUGCUGCAUUGAAAGAUGGCUAUGGUUUUAUUGAAAACUUGGCUCACGAUAUGGAAGUGUUCUUCCAUUUUAGUAACCUUGAUGGAGAUGCCAAUAAACUUGAACUUGGUUUUGAAGUUGAAUUCACAUUGAACAUUAGAGGCACAUCAGGUACUUGCAUGUCUGCCGAGAAUGUCAAAGUCUUACCGAAAGGCACUCUGAAAGCUCCAACAGUGCUCCCUGAUGUUUUGGAUGGGAAGGUAGUCAGGCCCCUGCGGUCAGUUAACCCAGAGCAGGAUCAAUAUGCUGGUCUUAUUGAAGCUAGUACAGAAACAGAAGGAGAGAAGGGUGCAGAAUAUGAAUUUGGUAUAACAAGCCUCACAAACAAGAGAGAGUUGCUACAAGUUGGUGACCCUGUUAAUUUCCAAGUGGACAGCCAAGGUCGGGCAGCCAAUGUUGCUGCUAUUAGAAAGAAGCGACGGGCCACUGUAGAUUCUGUUAAAGGGCUAUUUGGUUUCCUAGCAUAUGAAGUUGAAGAAGGCAAAAAACUUUUCUUCCACAUGUCAGAGGUUAAGGAAAAUGCUACCUUGCAGGCCGGAGACACAGUAGACUUUGUCCUUGUCACAAAUCAUCGCACAGGCAAAUCAUCCGCUUGCAAUGUCACCAAAGUGUGUGAAAAUACUCAAAGACCAGAGCGCCUGAUUAGCCGCUUGCGAACAACAUCAGUAGAUGAUACUGGUCCAAAGCUUACAGUUUUACGACAGCCUAAAGGACCUGAUGGCACAAAGGGAUUCACUAUUGUCCGUGUCCCAAGGUUGCCUGGUGUUGGUGUGGAAUAAUGGAAGGAAACUUGGUAUCCUUUCCCUUGUAACUUUUUGUUGCGCCUGCCCUCUCAUUUUAACUGAUACUUUUUGGGUCUUGUACAUGCUUCUGUUCAAGCAUCAAAAUUAUUGAAUAAAGUAAACCAAACUAUAAUUUUUUCUGUCAGUGGAGUAAGUGCUUGGUUUGAUGCAGUUCACAUUCAAUAAAUACCUUAGGAUUAUUAUUUUAAUUUCAAUGAACUCAGUUUGGUUUAUCUUAAUAAUUGCAUGUGGUGAAAGUGAAGUGAUCUUCACUUUUGUUUUUCACAUGAAAUGUUGAUUGUGGCAUUUAGACUGUCAUUGACUUCUAAUUGUUGAGCAACCAAGACCUGACUGCCAUGCAAGUCAUAAACACUUGCUUUUGUGAAAAGGUGUAGCUUUAAUGUUACUUUGUAGUUGGGACUAUUUUAUUUGCUCUAUUGAAAUAUGAAAUGUGUACCGAUGAGUCUUAUUAUUACGACCUUGAUUAAGUCAUUAAAGAAGUUAAAUCAUUGUGAGCAAAAUACAAAUAAAACCUUUUGUACUGAAGCAGAAGCUCUUUCGUGUCAUUAACCAACGACACUGACUUCAGCUGAUAUUCCAUCUUGUGCCUAGCUUGAGUUGAAAGAAAGGAAACUAUCUGCUCAACAUUAGUGUUGUAUGUGUAUGCAUGUGUGAGAAUGUGCGUGUGUGUAUGUAUGGUGCUUGUCAGCAUCAAGGCCAAGGUUGCCUUGACCUUUAUUCUGACACUCACAGAAUCAUCUCCCUUUAAAUCACUCACUUGUACAUUAAAUGUGCAUAUUUGUAUUCUAAGUAAUGAAGAGAUAAAUCAAUUAAUGUAGUGGGUCAAAUUCAAUGCCUACACAUUCAUCUUUUUAUUUUAAUAAAGAACAUGGGAAGUAAAGGAGACUUCUUGAAUGGCACUUCACUGCUUGUUUAUUGAUCAAUAAUGUGUUUGGAGGAUCCUUUCUUUCUAUGUUCUGCUCUGGACCAAAACUACAGUAAAACCUGUUGGUCUGUAUGUUUUACUGUGUACAUUUAAGCCUAUUAUUCAGUUGCCUGUAGCUUUUUAGUAAGGACUUGAGGUGUGAUUUUAUUUCUUGGUAAAUCACAAUUUUCAAAGACGGCUGUAUAUUUUCAGCUACACCCUAAUUACCCCUGAACACAUUAUUUUUUACAACUUGAGAACAUUUUGUGUUGACUACCAAAUGUUCUUGUGUUUGCUCCCAGUCAUGUACAUUUUGACAACUAAAACGUGAUAGUAGACAAAUAGCAGUCGUUUCUAUAGUCAUAGCUUCCCAGCUUGAUUUGACGUGGAUGGAAAUAUGGUGAAAUUGACAUUUCUGGGAUUUCUCAUUUUGGUACGUCUUUUGUAGACAGUUGUACAUGAGGAUUUGUCCAGUAAAUUUGUUUUCUCGAUAUGCAUGCUACAUUUUUUUACUUUGAAACAAAGCAGUACAAAUGGAAGUAAAUUAUUCAAAAUGAUGGUAUUCUUGAGAAAUGAUUUCAUUGUACUGCAUACUAUACUUGUACAUUAUUGGUUUGGAUUGAUCAAAAUAAAAUGUUAUUGGAUUGGUA